UCGUCGAGCCCAGAAAAACGACAACGCGAGAAAAAUUAGUAUUUUUGCACUUCACAAAUUAAUGACCAUGAGUUCGUUUUUGAUAAACUCCAACUACAUCGAGCCCAAAUUCCCUCCUUGCGAGGAAUAUUCGCAGCACGGCGGCGGCGGCGGCAGCGGCGUGAACAACUACCACCACCACCACCAUCAUCACCCCCAGCACCACCCCCACCCCCACCACCCCCAGCAGCAGCAGCAGCAACAGCAGCAGCACCUGCGCCAGCAGCAGCACCAGGCUCACCCGGGCCAGCCUCUCCCCGAUUACUACCCGCGGCCGAGCAGAGAACCGGGAUACCAGCCGCCGCCGCCGCCUCCUCCACCGCCACCUCCUCCGCCUGAGGCGCUGUACCCCGCGCAGCCACCCCACUACCCCGAGUCGCCUUAUAGCUAUAGCAGCAUCAGCGCUACUCCGGGCCAGGAAAAGCCACCUCCAGGAGCCUCGCCGCCGCCACCUCCUCCUCCACCUCUGCCACCACCACCACCACCACCACCUCCUCCUCCUCCUCCUCAGCCUCCUUCUGCUCCUGCACGGAAAGGCCACCAUGUCCAGCCCCAACCCCUACUCCAAGGCCACGUCCCACAGCACCACCAGCCUCCGCAGCGCCAUUGCGAAGCAGCUCCAGUGGCAGGAACUGGGGGGAGCCCAGGGUGUCGCCUCUUGCAGGACAAGAGCCUGUCUGGUCUCAAAGGAAAGGAGCCGGUGGUCUACCCCUGGAUGAAGAAGAUCCACGUGAACACUGUCAACCCCAAUUACAAUGGAGGGGAGCCCAAAAGGUCUCGAACAGCCUACACUAGACAGCAAGUCCUCGAGCUGGAGAAGGAGUUUCAUUUUAAUCGCUACCUGACCAGGAGGCGACGCAUAGAGAUCGCGCACACGCUCUGCCUCUCCGAGCGCCAGGUCAAGAUCUGGUUUCAGAACAGGCGGAUGAAAUGGAAGAAAGAUCAUAAACUGCCCAAUACUAAGAUGCGCUCCUCUAACCCCUCCAGUCUUACUCAGCAAGCCAAAGCACCCCCACAACAUCACCCUGCGCAGCAGCAGCAACGGGGUAGGGCGACCCCAAACUCGACAGCACUAUGAUGGCCCGACCUACGAAGGGUGUGACCCGCCCCCCAUCACACCUACUCUUGCCUCUUUUUCUUUGCCAUGGGGACCAAGCAACUUUAUUAAGGGGCAAACACAAAACAGGAGGUAGUGCCCAGCCACAAGGUACCUGUUUUUAAAACCAAAACUGGACCAAGUAUUUACCUUUUGUAAAUAUGUUUUCGUGUCCAUCAUGUUUGCGUGUUUGUUUUUCCCCCUUAUUUAUGGAAAUACCCUCGGCUUCCAACAUUAAAAAGUUGUGGAUGGCUCCUGUACCUCAGAAGGACCUUUUGUAAAUAUGCUUUCAGAAGUCAAACAUGUUGAUAAGUGACCUUGUGAGACGUGUGUCAAGCCAUAGGACUGUGUUGUUUCGUGGGAUGUUCGUGGACUCUAAAGUACAGAGAAGUGAAGCAAGCUAAUUCCAUGGAAGUCUUUUGAAACUUAUGGGGCAAGGGGCAAAACAACUCACUGACCACAUGCCCCAUGCCCUUACGGACUGAGAGAAGGUGUCUUCUACGUACCAAGAGAAAUUCAACUUUUAAAAAGUGUAGUCCCCCCUGUAUUUGUGAAAUGUUAAAUCUCCCCACUAUGUGCCCCCCUGCAUUUAUUUAAAAAGGAAAGAAAGAAAAGUGCACCAGUAUUGCUAUAAAGACUGUUUCUGUCUUCAUAUCUUAUACCACAGUCAAAGUCCUGUAGAAUUUGUGAAUUCUAUGUGUACACAUUUGUGAAUGUGUGAUGUAUAUAAUGUCCAGUGCUGGUAAUAAAGAAUACUCUGUACAAAAAUAAAAUUAAAGGCACAGA